AUAACUAUAAUUAUAAAGCGGUGUAGUAACUCAUCUCUAGCAUAACAAGAUCUAGCUUUAAUUUUAAUCCAAAGGAAUCGCUUUGAUUUUUAUUCUAUUCUACUACUGUUACUACAACAACCAUCUUUCAAUCUUCGUCAUUACAUUACACUCAGUAAUGUCAAUCUCAGAUCCCAACCGUAUUACGUUCGCUCAAUCCUUUCUUUGCAGCGCUUUCGCCGCUUGUUUCGCUGAGUUUUGUACUAUUCCUUUGGAUACAGCUAAGGUGAGACUUCAAUUGCAAAAGAAAGGAAGUGUUGGAGUUGAUGACGAUGAUGGUGGAAUUGGUUUACCUAAAUAUAGAGGUUUAAUUGGAACUGUUAAAACUAUUGCUAGAGAAGAAGGGGUUUAUGCUUUGUGGAAAGGCAUUGUUCCUGGUUUGCAUCGGCAGUGUUUGUAUGGUGGUUUGAGAAUUGCCUUAUAUGAUCCUGUUAAAACUUUUCUUGUUGGUGCUGCAUUUGUUGGAGAAGUUCCUUUGUACCAUAUGAUACUUGCUGCUCUUCUAACUGGUGCUUUGGCAAUCACUAUCGCUAAUCCAACUGACCUAGUCAAAGUCAGGCUUCAAGCUGAAGGCCAUUUGCCGUCUGGGGUACCUAAGCGUUAUUCUGGUGCUAUGGAUGCAUAUUCAACCAUAUUGAAACAUGAAGGGUUAGGGGCCUUGUGGACUGGACUUGGGCCUAAUAUAGCACGAAAUGCAAUUAUAAAUGCUGCUGAACUAGCUAGCUAUGAUCAAGUGAAACAGACGAUUUUGAAAAUUCCAGGGUUCACGGACAAUGCCUUUACUCACCUCCUAGCUGGCUUAGGAGCAGGUCUUUUUGCUGUCUUUAUUGGUUCACCUGUUGAUGUGGUAAAAUCCAGGAUGAUGGGGGACUCAAGCUACAAAAACACAUUUGACUGUUUUCUCAAGACUUCGUUCAAUGAGGGGUUUUUGGCAUUUUAUAAAGGCUUCCUUCCUAAUUUUGGUCGAGUAGGAGCCUGGAAUGUGAUUAUGUUUCUUACCCUUGAACAAGCCAAAGGUGUUUUUAGAGGAUAAAAAUUGUUGUUACUCUUCAUGAUGAUUAGAUUCAGCAAGCAGAAAUACCUUUUCUUUCUCGAAUGAAUGUUAGCUACCCAACUGCUCUUAGAUUUGCUGCAAGAGAAAGAUUUCUACAAUUAUUUUUCCGUACUUCUGCAAUGCAGAGAAGUCACACCUCAUAGUCAUAUGUUCUGAAUCGAAUAAACUAUUAGAUUGUAUUUCUAUAUUUGUUUUCUGCGUGCCUGUGGAUAGUAGUGCAUAUUACCAUUCAUAUAUUCUUAACCAACGAAUAUACUGUUAAAUUACAUUCACUUUAUAGAUGUACACUGUAUUGUAUUAUUAUGAUAUAUCAUUUUUCUGGGAAAUACACUACCCAUUUCCCAACUCAUUGAACAGACCAACGAAAUGAAGCAUGUAUAAACACCAAAUUUUAGUUUAUAAUUUAUUUCUCAAUUCAAAUUAUUGUUAUCGGGUA